AUGUCUAACCAAAAUGACCAACAUAAUCAAAUAGAAGAACACAUACUUAAAUUAUAUGAUAUAUAGGAUUUCAAAGGCAAAGGAGCUUAUGGAAUAGUUUGGAAGGCAAUCGAUAAAUAAACGAAACAAUAAGUGGCAUUAAAAAAGGUUAUAACAAUUAUGAUAUAUUUUAGAUUUUCGAUGCUUUCUAAAAUUAAACAGAUGCUUAAAGAACAUUUAGAGAAGUUUGCUUUUUAUAAUAAUUAACAGAUCAUGAUAAUAUUGUUAAAUUAUUAAAAGUAAUUCAAGCUGAAAACUAGAAAGAUUUGUAUAUGGUAUUUGAAUAUAUGGAAACUGAUUUACAUAAAGUAAUAAGAGCAGGAUUACUAAGUUCUUUGCAUAUGCAAUAUAUUAUAUAUUAGUUGUUAAAAUGCUUAAAAUUUAUACAUUCAGGUGAAUUAAUACAUAGAGAUUUGAAACCUUCAAAUUUAUUGAUAGAUUCUGAUUGUAAAGUAAAAGUAGCAGAUUUUGGAUUAGCAAGAAGUGUUGCUUAAUCUGAAAAUUAGUAUGGUAUUAUUAUUCAUUAAAUAAAAUAAUUAGAAAUGCCAAUUAUGACUGAGUAUGUUGCAACAAGAUGGUAUAGAGCACCAGAAAUCUUGUUAGGAUCUCAUAAUUAUUCAAAAUCAGUAGAUAUGUGGAGUGUUGGUUGUAUACUUGGGGAAAUGAUAUUGGGUAAAGCAAUAUUUGCUGGAGCAUCAACUUUGAAUUAAAUUGAGAAAAUAAUUGAAUUAAUUGGAAGACCUAAAUAAGAUGAUCUAGAAUUAAUUAAUGCAUCUUUGGCAUAAUAAGUUAUAGAUGGAAUUUAAAUGUAAAAAAGAAAAAGCUUUGCAUCAUUCUUUCAUAAUGCAUCUACAGAUUGUAUUGAUUUUAUUAGAUAAUGUUUAAAUUGGAAUCCUUAAAAAAGAAUGACAAUUGAUGAAGCAAUGAAACAUUAAUUAAUGAAAGAGUUUGUCAAUACAGAAGAUGAAAAAACCUUGAAGUCAAUAAUCAGAAUACCUUUUAAUGAAAAUAAAAAACUUACUAUUAAAGAUUAUAGAGAUAAAAUAACUCUUAAUUAUGAAUAAAUUCUAAAAGAAAUUGAAUAAAACACAUUUAAUAAAAAUCUAACCAAACAAUAUAUGUCUACUCCAUAAAACAUUUCUAGUUAUUUAAAUAAUUUCGAUUCAAAAUAUAAACAGAAUACAAAUUAUCAAACAUCUUAACCUGUAGAUAAACCUAAAAAACUAGAUUCUUUUUAUAAACCUGAGGCAAUAAAUCCCUAUUCAACUUAGAAGAAAUCUGACUAUUCACCAACUAUGAAACCUACCAUGUCUACUAAUGCAUCAAAUAUUAGUCCUAAAUUUAUUCAAUAAAAAUAUAAUACUACUUAAAAUUAAUCUUAUAAUCAAGGAUUAAAAAAAACUUAUACUAAUAUAGUGAAUAGACCUCACAAUGAUUUAAAUAAGAGUCCAGAGAUAAAGAAAAGAACAGAAAAUAUUAACACAAAUGUCACAAAAUCCUAUUCUUUUCAUGGAGAACCAUAUGAUAAAAGAGUAACUAAUUCAAGCUUCAGUACUUAAAAUAAAAAUAAACCAUCAACUUCAGUCAGUUAUGUUAGACCAGUAUAAAUAUAAUAGUUAUCAAAUUAUAAUACAGCACAAAACUUUUCAUAAUAAAAAGAAAUAUUAAGGGCCAAAGAUCCAAUUAUGCUAAACUAAGCCUAAAGAAGUAAAUCAUUUGAAAAGUCACCCAUUAAUAUUAAUCCAACAAGUCCUUAUCAAAGACAAAAGACUGAAAUUCCUAAACCUAAAUUUAUACCUUAAAGUAUUAGAUCAUUUCUAAUUAGGCAAUAUUAACAAUAGUGUGGCUUAAGUGCAAAAAUUACUAUAAAAGUGUUGUCAAGUAUAGAAUUAUUAAUAACAUAAAAAAACCUCAAGUGUCAUUGAUCCUACAAAAUAAUAACCAUAAUAAAUUUAAUAAACAAUCAAUUAUAAUUAUUUUGAUAUAAGAAAUUCAAAAUUUAUGUGA